ACAUCCCCCGUCCUCUCACCAACCACAACGACACGGAGAUAUCGCGUUCUGUAUCGUGAUAUAUCUUUUGGCAUUUGCGGAAUCUGUUCCAUCGGCGAUUUUGCUCGUCCACGGCUCGACGUCGCGUCCUUGGCGAGUUCGAGAGGGUUUUCAGGCCGCCCUCGUGGCACGGUCUGCCAGAAGGCCGGCAGCAGGCCCAACAUCGCGGUCAUCGGCUUCAUUAUCGUGAAGCGCCUGUCCUUAACGUCCGUUUACACGCCUUAAUUGGCUUGGUCUUGGAGAAUCACUUUUGUUGGCGCCGCUUACCUUCGCUUGUGUUGUUUUGAGAUCCUGACCUUCUCUAUCUUUCUCUGCCAUCCCGAUAGCGCGACCUUCCUCACGCAACAUCAUGGCUUCCGUAAAAUUUCCGUUCUCUAAGGCGCCUUUGCGCACCAUCAAAGAGAUCCAGUUUGGUCUUCUCUCCCCAGAAGAAAUCAAACGGAUGAGUGUGGUUCACGUUGAAUAUCCGGAGACGAUGGAUGAAGCAAGACAGCGCCCUAGAGAGAAAGGUCUGAAUGAUCCGCGACUUGGUACUAUCGAUCGAAAUUGGCGUUGCGCGACCUGUGAAGAGGGUAUCAACGACUGCCCAGGUCAUUUUGGUCAUAUUGAACUGUCCACACCGGUCUUCCAUAUUGGUUUCUUGACCAAGAUCAAGAAGCUCUUGGAGACUGUUUGCCACAACUGUGGAAAGAUCAAGGCCAACACGAGUGACCAGAAAUACUUAGAUGCUCUCCGUUUCCGCGACCCCAAGAGGCGCUUUGAUGCAAUCUGGCGGCUCUCGAAAGACGUCCUUAUCUGCGAAGCUGAUCCUCCUCCCGAUGACGACGACCCAUUCGGCAAAGAAAGUUCAAAGAUCGUCAAGGGCCACGGUGGAUGCGGAAAUGCGCAACCCCAGAUCCGAAAGGAAGGUAUCAGCCUUGUUGGAACUUGGAAGCCGAACAAAAUGCGAGACAUGAUGGAUGACACGGAUAUUCAGCAGCCUGAGAAGAAGCAAAUCACUCCGCAGAUGGCUCUAAAUAUAUUCAGGAAUGUCUCGGAGGAGGAUGUUCGAAUCUUGGGUCUAAGUAACGACUAUGCGAGACCCGAGUGGAUGGUCAUCACUGUUCUUCCAGUACCUCCACCUCCAGUUCGCCCAAGCGUCCUUGUUGGUGGAAGCUCUGGAGGGCAGCGCGGCGAAGACGACCUGACCUACAAGCUGGCAGAAAUAAUUCGCGCUAACCAAAACGUCACUCGUUGCGAGCAAGAAGGAUCUCCUGAGCAUGUCGUUCGCGAAUUUGAGUCGCUGCUACAGUACCACGUCGCAACAUACAUGGAUAACGAUAUUGCUGGGCAACCGCAAGCUAUGCAAAAAUCAAACAGGCCAGUCAAGGCUAUACGCGGUCGUCUAAAGGGGAAAGAAGGACGACUUCGUCAAAACUUAAUGGGUAAACGUGUCGACUUUUCAGCACGUACCGUUAUCACUGGUGACCCUAAUCUGUCUUUGGAUGAAGUCGGUGUUCCUGUCAGCAUUGCACAGACUUUGACUUAUCCGGAAGUUGUCACCCCCUACAAUAUUAAUAAACUAGGCCAGCUAGUUGAUAAUGGGCCUGAUGUUCAUCCCGGAGCGCGUUAUGUGAUUCGCAGUUCCGGGGAGCGCAUUGAUCUACGGCACCACAAGGGCGGCGGUGGGCGGAAUUUCUUGCAAUGGGGCUGGAGAGUUGAGCGCCAUCUCAUGGACGGAGAUGUCAUCUUGUUCAAUCGACAGCCCUCUCUACACAAGGAAUCCAUGAUGGCUCACCGCGUUCGAGUUAUGCCGUACUCGACGUUUCGCUUGAACUUAUCCGUCACAACUCCAUAUAACGCCGAUUUUGACGGUGAUGAAAUGAACUUGCACGUCCCACAAAGUGAAGAAGCGCGCGCAGAGCUUAACCAGCUAUGUUUGGUUCCAUUGAAUAUUGUUUCGCCGCAGCGAAACGGUCCGUUGAUGGGUAUCGUCCAGGAUACACUCUGUGGUAUUUACAAAAUCUGCCGUCGUGAUGUCUUCUUGACCAAAGAGCAAGUCAUGAAUAUGAUGCUCUGGGUUCCUGAGUGGGAUGGUGUGCUGCCGCAACCUGCAAUUCUUAAACCACGCCCGAGAUGGACCGGUAAACAAAUGAUUAGUAUGGUGCUACCAUCUGGUCUUAAUCUUUUACGCGUGGAUCGGGAUAAAGUGCCCUUAGCCGAAAAGUUUUCACCAUUGACCGAUACGGGCCUGCUGGUACAUGGGGGUGAACUCAUGUAUGGAAUGUUCUCCAAGAAAACAGUGGGCGCGACUGGCGGCGGUAUUAUCCAUACGAUCUACAACGAAUAUGGCCCUGAGGUUUGUAUGAACUUCUUUAAUGGCGCUCAAACCGUGGUAAACUAUUGGCUUCUGCACAAUGGAUUCAGCAUUGGUAUUGGUGAUACAAUUCCCGAUCUUGCUACCAUCCAAAAAAUCGAAGAAGCGGUGCGAAUUAGAAAGGAAGAAGUGGAUUCCAUUACUCUCAGCGCGACAGAGAACACACUCGAACCUCUUCCUGGUAUGAGCGUUCGAGAGACGUUUGAAAGCAAAGUUUCUCGUGCUCUCAACAAUGCUCGUGAUGAAGCAGGUACCGAAACCGAAAAGAGCCUGAAGGAUUUGAACAACGCAGUGCAAAUGGCACGUUCUGGUUCAAAGGGUUCGACGAUCAAUAUAUCCCAGAUGACAGCCGUUGUGGGACAACAGUCCGUGGAAGGAAAACGUAUCCCUUUCGGGUUCAAAUAUCGCACUUUGCCCCAUUUCACGAAGGACGAUUACUCACCAGAAUCGCGUGGCUUUGUUGAAAACUCUUAUCUUCGUGGUUUGACACCUACCGAGUUUUUCUUCCACGCCAUGGCCGGUCGUGAAGGUCUUAUCGAUACCGCUGUCAAGACAGCCGAGACCGGUUACAUCCAGCGAAAGCUUGUUAAGGCAUUGGAAGAAGUUAUGGUCAAGUAUGAUGGUACUGUCCGCAAUUCACUAGGAGAUGUCAUCCAAUUCCUCUACGGUGAAGAUGGUCUCGAUGGAGCAUUCAUUGAGAACCAACGUGUUGACGUUAUCAGAUGCUCUGAUGAACAAUUCCGCAAUAGAUUCCGUAUUGACCUUAUGGAUCCGGAAAACUCUCUGUCCCCUGAACUUCUCGAGCAAGCUACAGAGAUCACCGGUGAUAUGGAAGUGCAAAGAUACCUUGAUGAAGAAUGGGAGCAAUUGCAAAAGGACCGGGCCUUUUUGCGUUCUGUUGCAAAAGAGGAUGAAGAGAUGAUGCAGUUGCCGAUCAAUGUUCAGCGAAUUCUAGAGUCGGCGAAGACUACAUUCAGGAUUCGUGAAGGCACGAUCAGUGACUUACACCCUGCAGACGUCAUUCCUCAGGUACAAGGACUACUUGACCGCUUGGUUGUGGUCCGUGGCGACGACGUUAUAUCAAAGGAGGCACAAGAAAACGCUACAUUGCUUUUCAAAGCUCAACUUCGUUCUCGAUUAGCGUUCAAGCGUUUAGUUGUGGAAUACUCGUUGAACAAGCUUGCCUUUCAGCAUGUCCUUGGCGCCAUUGAAAGUCGAUUCGCGAAAGCAGCGGCAAACCCGGGCGAAAUGGUCGGUGUCUUGGCGGCGCAAUCUAUUGGAGAGCCGGCAACGCAAAUGACAUUGAAUACUUUCCAUUUUGCUGGUGUUUCUUCGAAGAACGUUACUCUAGGUGUUCCUCGUCUGAAGGAAAUUCUCAAUGUCGCCACCCAUAUCAAAACCCCGUCGAUGACCGUGUAUCAAGAUCCUGCACGUGCAAUGGACAAAGAAUCCGCCAAGCAACUCCGUAGUGUUGUCGAGCAUACAAACCUAAGAUCCGUGACAGAGGCAACCGAAAUCUACUAUGACCCUGACAUUCAGUCAACAGUCAUUGAAGCUGAUCGUGAUAUGGUUGAAUCAUACUUCAUUAUCCCUGAGGAUGUUAUGGAUGAUUUAUCUCGGCAAUCCAAAUGGCUGCUCCGUAUCAUUCUGAGCCGACCUAAACUCCUGGAUAAGGGUCUCACUGUCCAAGAUGUGGCUAUGAAAAUCAAGGAGUCCUACCCUCAAGAUAUUGCGGUCAUUUUCAGUGACAACAACGCUGACGAACAAGUCAUUCGGAUUCGUCAAAUCCAAGAUCCCAAGCAGGAUGAAGAGGAUGAUGAUGACACUGAAUAUGAUGUAACGCUAAAGAAACUUGAAGCUCAUUUACUUGAUACACUUACUCUACGUGGUGUGGCGGGAGUUGAGCGUGCGUUCAUUAAUGAGAAAUCUCGAGUUCGUACCCUUGAGGAUGGAUCUCUUUACAAGAACAGUGAAGAUCCACAAUGUAAGGAAUGGGUCCUUGAAACCAGCGGAUCUGCCCUCGGCGAUGUUCUAGCUAUCCCAGGAGUCGAUGCUACUCGAACAUAUUCCAACCAGUUCGUUGAGAUUCUCGAGGUAUUUGGAAUCGAGGCAACCCGAACCGCCCUCCUGCGAGAAUUGACCCAAGUGCUUGCGUUCGAUGGUUCAUAUGUCAACCAUCGUCACUUGGCUCUGCUCUGCGAUGUCAUGACUUCGAGAGGAUUCCUCAUGGCUGUCACAAGACAUGGUAUCAACCGUGCGGACACCGGAGCAUUGAUGAGGUGUUCUUUCGAAGAAACUGUUGAAAUCCUGCUCGAUGCAGCAGCAUUCGCCGAGCUUGAUGAUUGUCGAGGUGUUUCGGAGAAUCUUAUCCUGGGUCAAAUGGCACCUGCUGGUACUGGUGAAUUUGACGUUUACCUCGACCAGAAUAUGCUUAUGGGGGUUGUGUCCAACAAUGCUGGAUUAGUCACCAUGGGUAACGUCGACAAAGGUUUGAUUUCCGAUGGAGCGGCAACGCAGUACGAUAGUGGUUCGCCAAUGCAAGAGAAUAUGUAUAUCAGCUCGCCUGAUCCAGAUUCUCAGUUCUCUCCAAUCGGGCAAACCGGGUCUGAAACUCCAGCUGGAUUUACUGAGUAUCAACCGCCAGGAUUCGGUGGCUUCAGCCCGGCUGGAGCGAGAAGUCCUGGUGGCUACUCGCCGACCAGCCCUUUCAAUACCAGCCCAACAUCCCCUGGAUAUUCUCCUUCCUCGGGUUACUCUCCAACCUCCCCCGGCAUGAGCAUUACCAGCCCACGGUACAUGACAUCUCCCGGGUUCUCUCCAGCGAGCCCUACCUUUGCGCCCACCUCCCCAGCGUAUUCUCCGACUUCUCCUGGCUAUGGACAGGCUCAGUCACCCACCUCCCCUUCAUACUCGCCUACUUCUCCCGGGUUCUCUCCAACUUCUCCAAGCUACAGCCCAACGUCACCAAGUUUCAGUCCAGCUUCUCCCGCCUUCAGCCCUACUUCACCUAGCUACAGCCCUACGAGCCCUGCUCUUGGCGGUGCUACUGGCAGACACCUUUCCCCAACUUCACCCACCUCGCCGAAAUAUACCCCCACUUCACCUGGUUGGUCACCUACCAGCCCAGAAGCGUAUUCACCAACUUCUCCCAAUUUUGCUGGUUCCCCGACUUCUCCAGGUGGUCCUACUUCUCCAGGCUAUAGCCCAACAUCUCCCACCUUCAACCCGACGUCUCCCCGCCAGUAGACUCGAAGCUCGAGCUAUUUAGCUUUUGGUUCUCGAUAUGCUCCUAUCCGCCUACGACCCCAAAGUAUCGUUGUACCACCACUUGCUUUUGUUUAGUACUGGGCACAUUGAAACGCAUUUUAUCGACCUAUUUUUGCUGUUGGUUGGUUAUAUUUCUUUUCACUAUCUGGCGCUUCUGUAUAGGAUAUGUAACCCCCCCUUUUUUAAUGGCUUCCCCAAAGAAUGACCCGGAAAUUGGUUUCAACAUGUCUCUAACGUCUGUGUUCCGUUCUUUGCCCCCUUUAACUGAUGCUUAAAUAAUGACGCGGCGGUGUUGGUUGCGGCGAAGCAAGUGAGCACAAAAGAUCCUGCGCGCAGGGCUCCGAAAAAAAAAAAAAGGAAAAAAAAUAUAAAAGGAAAAUUUUUUAACUCAGUAUUAUUUUAGAUUGAUGGAGGCCACGCGCUCAAGCACAGCAAGGCGUUGGAACUGCUUCAAAAAUUUCCUUGGACGCGGUGCCUUUUUGCCUAGUUUUUGAACCGGCAGCUGAUCUCGUCUUCUUCUGAUGAUGUACCUACACCUAACCUGUCCUCCGAGACGGAAUCUUAGACAUACAAGAAUGGAUAUGCUCCGUAUGUGUA